UAUAAGGUUAAAAACAGCCAACAAUAAGCAAAUGAAAAUUUAGCACUUCGAUACAAAAUUACCCCAUUUUCAAUAUACAAUUAACGCAGUGAAAGCAUAAAUCAAAACGAAGAAAAAAAAACUAAUUAGAUCACGAUCGCAAUUCCACCAAAAAAAAAACAAUCUGCAGAUCUCUCUCCGAAGAGGUCUACGCCGGUUUGAUAUUUAUGCAGGUUUCUGGAAUCGAGUUUUUCAAUAAGGCGAGAUCCGUGAGGCUGAAAAGCUACCACAACAAAUACCUCACGGCCGAUUCCGACGAGGAGCACGUGAUCCAGGAGCGAUCGGGCUCGAAAAAAUCGGUGAAAUGGGAAGUGGAAUUCGUGGAGGGAUCGGAAGAGGUGAUCCGUUUGAAGAGCUGUUACGGAAAGUACCUCAAGGCCGAGGAUGAGGAGUACCUCCUCGGCGUCACCGGGCGGAGGGUCUCUCAGGCGCUGCCGAGGAAGCUCGACUCCUCGGUCGAGUGGGAGCCCGUGCGUGACGGCAUGCUGGUCAAGCUCAAGACGCGCUAUGGCAACUACCUGCGCGCCAACGGGGGACUGCCCCCGUGGCGCAACUCCAUCACCCACGACAUCCCGCACAGGCACCACGGGUGGACCCUGUGGGAGGUGGAUGUCUUGGAGAUUAGGCCGGAGUUGCCGCCCCCCACGGAGCUCAAGAGGUCGAACUCCGUGGAGUCGGAUGUGGAUUUGAGCUCUACUUCUUUCAAUCUCCGGUCAUCGGCUAAUAUGUCCGGUGAAGACUGCUACGCGAAGAAAUCAGAAGGAAGGUUGAUAUUUUACAGUGUUGCAGACGACGAUGGAAAUUUCAGCGCGGAACAGUCGUUUCAGUUCAAAGGGCAGGGGCUGGAGGAUCUGUCCGAGAAGUUGGAGGAAAUAACAGACUUGGAGGACAUCAUCCUCUGUUCUAAAAACAUUGUGAAUGGGAAGCUGUAUCCGCUUAGGUUGGCACUGCCUCCCAACAAUGCCACUAUGCAUGUUGUUGUAGUUCCAACCACUUCCACAGUGGCGAACGAGUUCCUGCCGCCGGCUCCUUCUUCUACAUGACAUAUGCAACGAAGAAGGCUAGGCAUUUUGCUCGGAGAAGUCGUCGUUAGUACAUAUAUUCGUUAAUUCGUGUUAUAUAUCACACUAACAACUAGAAGCUUUCAAAGAGAUAUACUUACGUUUUGGAGCUAAUGGAAUGUAUUUUGAGGAAUAUUGUUACUUGAACUAAUGUGUGAAAUGCAUUUUGAGGAAUAUUAUUACUUAAAUUGAUGUUACUUCACAUUA